AUGGGUCCAAAGACAUUUAAUUUGUUGCGUGACCUGCUGCAGCCCACCAAACCGGGUACCAAAACCUAUGGAGAAACAGUGGAUGUUCUGACCCAGCAUUUUUCACCCAAACCAUUAAUGCUCGCAGAAAGGUUUAGAUUCCACAGACGCAAUCAAGAAGAGGGGGAAUCUGUUACCAUGUUUGUUGCAGCGCUGAGGAAAUUAGCUGAACAUUGUGAAUUUGGACAAGGUUUAAAUGACGCAUUAAGAGACAGAUUGGUCCUCGGACUGAGAAAUGAAGCCGCUCAGAAGAAACUGCUGACCGAAAGUAACCCAACGUUGCAGAAAGUCAUUGAAAUCAGUGUCAUGGAAAUGGCCUCAAAAGAGGCUCACCAAAUGAACGCUACAGGCGGAGUGCAUACAGUUCAAACGGAUAGACCUAGUGGACAAGGGACAUGUUUCCGUUGUGGGAAAUCAGGACACCUAGCCACGUCAUGCUGGUGUAAGGAUAUGGACUGUCGCAGUUGUGGAAAAAGAGGCCAUAUCGAGCGGGCCUGCUUAAGAAAAAAGAACAAGGAGAAAACAUCAAAGUCUGCCAACAUACAUGACUCUGUGAAGAACAGGAGAAAAACACAGGUGCACACUGUGAGACAAAGGGAGACUGUGUCCAGCGAUUCUUCGGAAGGAGAACAGGAGAUGAGUGUACACACACUGAAUAUAAUGAAGAUGGAUGAAGAUUCUGAGGGUUACUGGGUGGAGCCCAUGCUGGAGGGGCACCCAGUGAGUAUGCAAAUAGACACUGGUUCAAAAGCAUCCAUCAUCUCAGAUGGGGUUUACAAAAAAGUUUUGAGACACCUUCCGCUGCGACAGUCUGAUACUAGGUUCAAAACCUAUCUAGGGGAACCUGUACCCAUGGCAGGAAUGACUGAUGUCGUGGUCCAGAGUAACAAUCAGGUGAGGAAGCUUCCCAUCUAUGUUGUCAAAGGUGAUUACCCGGCUAUUCUGGGACGUGUGUGGCUAGAGAAAAUGAAGCUAAGCUGGCACACUGUAAAAAUGGUAUCACCAAUGGCUACUAGUCUAGCUGCUAUAUUGAGGAAACAUGAUGAGGUUUUCCGGAAGGAGUUGGGCAGUAUGAAGGACAUUACUGUCAAGCUAAACAUUAAACCGGAAACAACACCAAAGUUUAUGAAGGCCAGGUCGGUACCAUAUGCUAUCCGAUCGAAAGUGGGGGAUGAGUUGGACGCCUUAGUUAAAAGCGGUGUUUUGGAACCGGUGACUGUCAGCGAGUGGGCCACGCCCAUAGUUCCCGUACCCAAGAAGACGGGAGAAAUACGAAUCUGUGGAGAUUUCAAAGUGACACUGAACCCUGUACUGUCAGCAGAACAGUAUCCUCUUCCCCGCAUUGACGAUUUGUUUGCUGGGCUGAGUAAGGGGCAAAAGUUUAGCAAAAUAGACCUUAACCAAGCCUACUUACAAAUGCACGUGCAUGAGGAUUCUAAAGACUUGCUCACCAUAACUACACAAAAGGGGCUUUUCAGAUAUUGUCGACUCCCUUUCGGGAUCACAUCAGCCCCUGCACUUUUCCAACGUGCCAUGGAUCAGAUCCUACAUGGCCUCCCUGGUGUACAGUGCUAUUUGGACGAUAUUCUGUGCACAGGAAGUACGGACCAAGAACAUCUGGACAAUUUGGAUGCUGCUCUUCAAAGGCUGAAAGAGUAUGGGCUCAGGGUUCGCAAAGACAAGUGCGAAUUUUUUCAACUGUCUGUUGAAUAUUUGGGACAUGUAAUUGAUGCCCGAGGGUUGCAUACUGCGCCGUCAAAGGUUCGAGCGAUAGUGGAUGCGCCGCCGCCAGAGAAUGUUAGCCAAUUACGUUCAUUCUUGGGCUUACUGAAUUAUUAUGGCCGUUUUAUACCGAAUUUGUCAUCCAGACUCAAGCCGCUGCAUGACUUACUUUGUCAAGGAAAGAAGUGGAAUUGGAGUGGUGCCUGUCAAGAGGUUUUUCAGAAAACAAAGGAGACAUUAGUGACGUCAGGGGUACUGACCCAUUUCGAUACAUCACUCCCCAUUCAGUUGGCCUGCGAUGCAUCCCCGUAUGGAGUGGGGGCGGUCAUUUCACAUUUAAUGCCAAACGGGGUAGAGAGGCCUAUAGCAUUUGCAUCACGGACCUUGAACAAAGCAGAGACUAACUAUGCUCAGAUAGAGCGGGAGGCGUUGAGCAUAGUCUAUGGGGUUCGCAAGUUCCAUCAGUACCUGUAUGGGAGACAAUUUACAUUGCUGACAGAUCACCGACCCCUGACGACCAUCCUGGGGUCGCACACUGGGUUACCCUCACUUGCCGCGAGUCGCAUGCAGCGGUGGGCGUUGCUCUUGUCAGCACACUCGUAUGACAUCAAGUAUCGCAAGGCUGACCUGCACGGCAACGCCAAUGCCCUGUCCAGGUUGCCUCUUCCUAUCACCAGGCCUGAGCCGCGGGCAGCAGAAAUCUUUUACUUCAGUCAAGUGGAUGGUGCGCCAGUUUCUGCUGCUCAUGUGAGGAGGGCCUCUCGCACUGACCUUGUCCUGUCUGCGGUGAUGGACAUGGUGAUGGGGAGUAGAUCAGGUAGCGAUGCCCCCAGUAUUCAACCUUAUCUCUCCAGGAGAGCAGAACUGUCGGUGCAAUCUGGUUGCUUACUGUGGGGGAGGAGGGUGAUUAUCCCGCCAUCAUUGCGUAAAUCAGUUCUGCAACAGCUCCAUGCAGGUCACAGUGGAAUAGUUCGAAUGAAGGAGAUAGCAAGGAGUUACUUCUGA